CUGACAAUAUAUAUAUAAUGUCAAGCAGAAGAUCACGUUCCGGAAUAAGCGAUGAUCAGAUCGCUGAUCUUGUUUCCAAGUUACAACAACUUAUUCCUGAAAUACGUAAUAGGCGUUCUGGCAAGGUUUCAGCUUCAAAAGUGUUGCAAGAGACUUGCAACUAUAUAAGGAAUUUACACAGAGAAGUGGAUGGGUUAAGUGAGAGAUUAUCACAACUUUUGGAAUCAACUGAUAGUGAUAGUGCUCAAGCUGCCAUUAUUAGAAGCUUACUUAUGUAGCUAUAAUUAAAUAGCUCAACUUCUACUUCAUUAAAAUUUCUAUUAUUAAUAUGCAGCAGUUAUUAUUAAUUAGGGUUUUUUGGCCACUAUAGGUCAAAAAUAAUUUCUAUUUUUUGUUUUUCCAAUUUUGAAUAGUUUUUACUUUAUGUUGUAUUGUUGUAUCCAUCUGUUUUAAGAGCUGAUGCUUCUUUGAUCUCAGCCUUUUUUAAGUAUAUAAGUAUUCGAAAUAUUUUUAUCGUUCGA